AUGACAAGAAUGCAAAAAACCAGUUUUCUCGUGUUGUCCGAUACACACGAUUACCAAUUUGGCGAUAAUGCAUCAAGCAAGUUACAGCUCCCCGUUCCAAAAGUCGAUGUUCUGCUUCACUGUGGAGAUUUAACACAAGUUGGAGGUGUUCCCGCCUUCAAAAAAGCACUUAAGAUACUCAGCAACUUUGACGCAGAGCUUAAACUAGUUAUCGCAGGAAAUCAUGAUUUGGAGCUUGAUAAAGGGUGGUGCAAAGCACACCUCGAGGAAGACGAGGACUAUCUUGACGACCAUGCACGAGCCAUGGAAGUAAUGAAGGGGGAAUUAGCGAAAGAAGCGGGUGUUACUUAUUUGGAGGAAGGAACGCACACUUUCAAUCUUAAAAGCGGUGCAACAUUUAAGAUAUAUGCUUCUCCAUACCAACCCGAAUUUAACGAUUACGCCUUCCCCUAUAAACGUAAUGAAGACCGAUUCAAUGCAUCUGGGGAGAUUGCAGAGGGAGUAACUUCCAUUGCUGAGAAUCCUAUCCUAGCUGAUGUGGAUAUUGUUAUGACACACGGACCACCAAAGGGCUUCUGCGACGAGAACUUGGGCUGCGAGAAUACUCUUCGCGCAGUCCAACGUGCGAAGCCUUUGAUGCAUUGCUUUGGCCACAUCCAUGAGGGGUAUGGCGCCAACAAAAUCGUAUGGGAGGAUAAGAUGAAGGGAGAGGAUGAACUGGUCAAUAAUUAUCCGCAGGCUAUGGAUUUGUGUAUUAAGUCUGGCAGAGAAACUCUGAUGGUUAAUGCAGCGAUUCUGGAUGGAGAACAUCAGCCUACCAAUGCUCCAUGGAUCAUCAACUUGGACUUGCCUUCUUUAUAG